CUAACUGGUUAAUUUCAUUUCUCCCCUCUGGAAUUCCAAAGUCCAUCCUCCAUUCACAACUUAGCUUCAAACUUCACUGUUUGUUUUGAUUAAAUUUACUCUCACUUUGAUCGAUGGCUUCUCCGACUCUUCUGCUGCUCUUCACUGCCACUUUGCUUCUUUCAUCCUAUGGCUAUGGGUAUGGGGCAUCUGAAUCAGUUUCAUCGGCCGUUGACUUGACCGCCGUUGACUUCGACGCCGUCCUCCGAGACACUCCGGCCACCCACGCCAUCGUUCAGUUUUACGCUCACUGGUGCCCUGCUUGCAGAAACUAUAAGCCACAGUAUGAGAAAGUUGCUAGACUUUUCAAUGGGGUAGAUGCUAUUCAUCCCGGGAUUUUGCUACUCACUAGAAUAGAUUGCGCUUUAAAGGUAAAUAUUGAUCUUUGUGAUAGGUUCUCUGUAAAUCACUACCCCAUGCUUAUAUGGGGUAAAUCCUCUGAGUUUGUCAAUGGCAGUUGGAGUCUGCAUCAAGGAAUAGGAGAAAUGCGUCCCAUUGAUAAUGGACGAACUGGCGAUCGAUUGCUCAACUGGAUUAAUAUACACUUGAAUAGCACGUAUGGCUUUGAUGAUGAGAAGAAAGAGGAGAGUGUGCUUCUUACAAAGGUUCCAAACCUCCGACAGGUGCAGAUUUCUUAGUUCUAAAAUGGUAAAAAGAGAUUAAGAAAGCUGGCAAAGGAAAAGAGAAAUUAAUUCCUUUAUAAUGUAAUGCUUCUCCUAUUUGUGUUAUGAAGUGACACGAUUAUUCUCAUAAUUACUUUUUUUUUUUUUUUUUAAGAAUAUAUGCAAUUGUAAUGCUACACUAAUCUUUUUCUUGAAUUUAUUAUUAACUUUGUAUCCUUUGUAAUUGAGUCUUGAGAAGUUGAGACGAUCUUACUAA